AGCUGAGGUUUCAUUUACUUUCACUUUGACCCUGUUGCUUUUCUUCCACCUCUCUGCUCCGCCUCGCAGCAAUGAACUGAUUUAUUAUUAUGAGCUUGAAUGUAUCUUUUUCAUCGUUGACAUGACAUAAGCGGACAUGUUCCUCUGGCCGCAGACCAGUAGAGGUGUGGAUUUGAACUGGUCUCUGGCUGUGUGAAGAGACGGAGAAGAAAAGAUGUGGCAGAUUGUGUGUGCGCUUGCAGCCCUGUUGGCUCUCGUGUCCUCACAGGCUGUCGCUGCAGAGUUGAAGCUUCAAAAGAAGGUGGGCGAUGACGUCGUCCUCAGUCCCGGCUCCGGCUCCGUGACUGGUUCCAUCACCAAGAUCAUCUGGAAAGAUGGUCUGAACAUCGCCGUCCAGUGGGAAGCAGCCGACUCAGAUGUUACUUACUAUCGUCAUUUUAAAGAGCGCGGGAGCCUGAACACUUCAAGUGGAGCGAUGACAAUCAGGGGACUGACUCAAAAUGACAGCAAACUGUACACACCGGAAAUCAACAGCGUCAUGGCCACUCCCACUCUCCUCACCGUCCUCGCUCCAGUCCCCGUUCCCACGGUAACUACAUCCUGCAACGAAGAGAAGAGCAGCUGCACUUUGACCUGCGAUGGAAACGUCAAAGAUGUCAAACUCGUCAUCUACAACUGGAAGUCGGACGACGUCCAACUGACGAAUUCUUCUAAAGAUCACCACGUUGAAAAGGAGAACAGUCUGAGUGUAAAGGAGUUCAGCUGCGAGCUGGAAAAUCCAGUCAGUCGGGAGAGCAGCGAACCCAUCGCCAACCCGUUCAUCACCGACACGACGAAAGCUGAAUGGAAACUGAAUAUCAACACUGGACUCAUCGUCUUCAUCUCUCUGCUGGGCGCCGUGCUGCUGCUGGUUCUCGUACACAGGUGGAAAGCAGGGAUGUGGUUCUUCCAGAAAGAAUCCAUGCCUUGGGAGGCAGAUUUCUGGAGCAAGCACGAGAGGGGAUCAAGAGAUGCUGAGUCUAAUGGAACGACUCGUCGAGAAAGGGAACAAACCGACGAGGAAACGGCGAUGACAUAAACGGACAAAUGGACAAAACGUGCAGAAAUAACGAUCCCAGAUUUGACUAAAAAGCCACAGAGAAGGUUUUACACUUGAAGUAGAUCUCAGCUCUUCCUGAGGUUUGCUUGGAGAAGAGAUUUCAGACAAUGCCAGGAAACGCAGCUUUCCUGUGACCGACAGCAAACCUGACACCAACUGCUGCCCCAGCCUCAUUAAACCGGCGGCCGAGUGUAGUUUCUAGUGUGGAUCACGCAGCCUCGUGGCGUUAGAGCACAGCAGGACUUUCAAUAAGGUGGAAGAGGGACGUCAUUGUUUGGUUCAGGCCGACAGCAACAAUACAGGCUUUGUGCAGACCUUUUCCACCGACUCCUCUACAGCCAGUGUGCAAACUCGUUUAAAUAUGGGAGAUUUUUAGCUCAAGGUCAAUCAGUUGUUCUUGUUUUUGAAUGCAUGAUCUUAUUUAACUCCUCUAUUCAUUUGUCCUUUGAAUGUUCCCUCUAUAUUAAGCUCUGAGUUCUGAAAGACAGAUGUUUAAAUGUUUGGUUUUGCAGCUUUCCAACACACAAUUUAGCAAAUUGAGAAUAAAGUUGAAAUGUAGAAAUGUAGAGAAUUAAAUCGAGCUAAUGUCGAGAAUAAACUUGAAAAGGAAACCUUAAAAAAUCUCCCCAUUUUCCACUUGACUAUUUUUGAAAUGCAGAAGGAUGAAAGAACCUCUUCCUCUUAUUUUUUUUUCAUGUAUAAAUUAGAGCAGGUAACAGAUUUGGUUUUGCUUUGAGUUUUAAGUCAUUUUCUUACUUUUUUCCUUGUCGUUUUAAAGCUGAGGAUAUUAAGUUGUUAUUUCAACUAACAAAAAAACACUAAUUCUAUUUACUUUUGGGAGUUUUAAAAGGUUCGAGACAUUUCGAAACCAGAGGCAGUGGGAUAUUUAAAGUCUGUCUGCUGAUGAUUUGCUGUGUGAGAACAUGAAGAUGAAGAUAUGUGUUUUCAUGAAGGUUAUAUUGAAUAAAACUGACAGAAUAUCAAA